AUGUGGAAACACUUUAAUAUCUUUAUUAUUGUUAUUCUUCUUGAACAAUGUACUUUAACAUGUCAUUUUUUAAUAUCGAGUGACUUAGAAUUAAUGCUCGUACCUUCUGUCGCGUUUCGUUAUCAUUCAGCUACUAUGGAUUUAACAGCGUCUGCUCAAUCUUCAGAUGAUUGGAUACUUUAUGCUCAAGGUUAUCUAUAUUGUUUUGCUAUUAGACAUAUGUUAAAUAAUUUUCUUAUUCUAGGUUGGCUAUUUAAAGCAAAUCCAUUUCGUUCAAUACUUGCUACAUCUGCUCUUUCAACAACUGUUGGUGAUGCAGAAGAAAUCCGUGUAAAUUAUUUUACAGCAAGUGGUAAAAAAAAUAAGCCAUUAUGUAUUGAAGGUUUGAAACGUGAAAUGUGUGCAAAAACUGAUAAAGAUGGUUUAAUUAAAAAACAAUUUAAAGUAUCAAAUAAUGAUAUUGAACAAUUUCGUAUUCCGGGUGGAACUGGAGGAAAAGUAGAAUAUACUGUAUCAACACCCGAUAAAACAAUUCAAGUAAAAGGUGAAAUUUUUUUAUGCGAUGACAAUGGAAUCUCAAUAAUUAGUGAUAUCGAUGAUACAAUUAAAAUAACUGGUGUAACAAGUGUUCGUUCUGUAAUUCGAAAUACAUUUUCUGGUGAAUUUAAAGCAGUACCGGGUAUGUCUGAACGUUAUCGUCAUUAUGAAUUAUUAUAUAAUGCAACAUUUCAUUAUUUAACGGCUUCACCCGAUCAAUUAUAUCCAUUUUUACGUGAAUUUUUUGAUCGUGAACAAUUUCCAUUAGGUUCAUAUCAUAUGAGACAUUUUACAUGGUUGGAUUCAAAUUUUUUUCAAUUUUUUGCAUCAAAAUCAUUUAUAAAACAAAAAACAAAUAUUUUACGUAUGUUUUUUCAAGAAACUCGAUCAAGACAAUUUAUAUUAUUUGGUGAUAUUUAUCAAAAAGAUCCAGAAAUUUAUGCAAAUAUUUAUGAAGAAUAUCCUGAAAGAAUUUUAAAAAUAUUUAUACGUAUUUCAAAGAAAAAAAUUACCAAUCGAUUAAACAAUGUAUUUAAACAUAUACCAAAAAAUAAAUGGGCUACCUUUUUUGAUGGUUAUGAUUUACCUGAAACAAUUUUUUAG